GACACAUGCGCGCAUGCACACAUUACUUGAGCUGAAAUAAAUUGAUGAAGAAUAGACAAGUCUCGGAAAUCCUAGAAAUGAGAGAAUUUGGAGUGUCACGAUGGCUGAUUUUCAAACUGUGUUAAACGACUUGGUUCUUCUAGUUCGACAAAACACUACGUAUUCAACAGUAUUCGGUGUACUUUUGACGUUCAGCAUUAUUUUCUUCAGAUACCUACCAGUAUUUCUGAUCAUCUGGUCAUGUCUAGCCGGGAUGGCCACAUUCCACGUCCUCUUCCAGAGAGUGACCUCGUUGCCCAAUCUCUUUGGAAUGUUUGAGAGAGAGAAACUGCCUGGUGUCCGAAAGUCCACCCUGAAAGAGGCUUACCACGGACGAUGUCCAGUCUGUGGCAACGAUAACUGUAACAGACACAGAGGGGAGCUGUACCAUACCAAUUACCAACCAUGGAUAGAUCUGAGCAUUCCAAAGAGAGUAGACAAUGCCUUGUCAGAGUUCUUCGAGUUGGUUUUCAGAGAUUAUGUAUACUCCUGGUACAGUGAGUCCGUCAGCAAAGAUGAGGAGUUUGUGAGGGAGCUUAGGACAUCUCUUAGGUACGCCAUAUCGGUAAUACUCCGAAGACUCAAACAGAUUGACCUCCCUACACUUAUCCUUCACAAACUGGUCAAAGCGGAAUUAAGCCAUCUUGAUGUUUACCUUAGAGCAAAGAAAAAAGCUCGAUGGGGAGAAGACAUUCAGGAUUUGACCAUUAAGAUGUAUGGAAGUCAUCUCCAUGUUGCCGUUAGGAACAGACAUACUGAGCUGGAGUAUGUUAGGAACCUCUGCGAAAUUCUCUUUCCAUUCAUCGUCUCGAAUGAGCACCAACAGAGCAAAUGUACAAUAUCAUUCCUGAGAGAGUUACUAUCUAGGUCUCUCAUCAUGCCUGCUAUGGACGUUAUUGCAAACCCAGAUGUUGUCAACAAGAUGCUUGAAGUCUUUUUCGAUGAAGAACCUAUGGCAAAAUCAACAGACCCACCGACAGAACCUGUUAACAUCUUGAAAGCGUUUUGUGAAGCCAAACCAUGUCAUAUUUCUAAUGCCCUGCAUUAUGAAACAUCAGAGAUUCUCAGCAACAGUACCCUGCUCUUCCCGUUCCUUCAGUUUAUGCGGAGAGAGGGCGCUCUAAACCUUCUCCAGUUCUGCCUGACAGUCGAGGAUUUUAACAGACGAAGCCUGGUCCCCGACAUGACAGACCAGCAGAAACGAGACCUUCAUCUAGAAGCGAAGGAGCUCUACAAUCUCUACUUUGCUUCCGACGCUGUGGAUAGGAUCAAUUUUCAAGAAGAUGUCACCUCGGCAUUCCAAGACAUUGUUACAGGACCUCCUGAAGGAAUUAUUAGGAUGAGGAAGACAUUGACCCUCUUUGAAGCUUAUGAAUAUGUGUUCAGUCUGCUAGAGAGUACAUACUGCCCCCUGUUUCAUCAUUCAGAAGAGUAUUACACCUUGUUAUGUGGAAAGAGAAGACUUGCAUUAGCAAGGGGAUCAAGCAAAGUGGCAAGCAAGAGACCGAGUGAUACAUUUGCUGCUAUGAGCAAGCUGGGAAGUAAAAUCAAAGGUGUCUUUAAAGGACAGUCAGAUGGAGACAGCCUGUUCAAUCUUGAUCUCUAUGAAGAAUCGAGUCAACCAUCGUCUGAUGUAGAUCUAGCCUCUGACGACGAGGACACACACCAUACUGGCAUAUCAUCACCCCAACAUGACCUUAGCGCUUGGAGGGUUAGCAUACCGAGCGUCGAGAUGAAGUUAGAAGGAGGAAAAGAAGGAUUUGUUUUCAUCAUCGGCAUUCAGAGGAUUGAUGUCCGAGAAGGAGAUGGAGAAAAGAACUCAUGGCAGGUUGAAAGGAGGUACCAUGAGUUCUAUGCACUGGAACAGAAGUUGAGAGAAUUUCAUGGUGUGUUUGAAGAUGCCCAGCUGCCUGUUAGACGGCCGUUUGGAAGCAAGUCACAUGACUUCAUGGAGAAAAAGAGACCCGGCUUAGAGAAAUAUCUAAGGGUUCUUCUCACCAAGCCCAUCCUGAGGGGAAGCCAGCUCCUCUAUACAUUCCUGACAACCAAUGAAGAGUUUGUUAAUAAGAUCUUUGGAGAUGUCAAUCUAGGAAAAUUUGUUCGUUCAGUCUCAACCAAGGUCAUCAAGGAGAGAGGACAGCAUCUUGAGCCUUUCCUGGUAACUUUCUUAGCUUCAGUGGAAGCUGCUAAACCUAAAGCAAGGACUGAUGAAUUUGAAGUAGAUCCCAACCUAACAGAUAAAGAAAUGCUUUCCAAUGUCCAUUUUGAGAACAAUGCUGACCAGGUGUUAGACAGGUCUAGUCUCAAGGAACCAUGGGCCAAUCCCAAGGCCAACUACCUACAACUCACUGGAAUCAUUCAAUAUAUCUUGUACUUGGCUCGUUCUGUUCUAGAUGUGCCUGUCUGGAUGCAUCAGAUGACCGUGACCUUUGCCAAGAUAUUUGGAAACUCAUUGGAAACAUAUGUAGAUUAUUUUGUCAACACCAAGACAGAUUUGUUGAAGACUGAGCAGAUGGUAGAGCAUAUCAUCCAUCUACUCAGAGAUGUACUUUUCUUUGACGAGGAUCCACCCAGGACGGACGCACAGAAGCUUGAGAGGAAAGAGUUUGCUUUUGAACAGAUGCUGAAAUUCUUCCCAAGUAUUGUACCGAAGGUGCUUGGAGAAGAAAAGUUCUAUGAUGGAUGUAAGACUGUCUUUGAUUCUCUCCAGUAUCCCAAGCUAAACAAACAGCUAUCAUAUAUUCUCUUGGACAUUGUCAUCAAAGAAAUCUUCCCGGAAUUAUCAGAUGACGAUGACGCAGAUGAGGAAGCCCCACAGUACCAGGAGGAUCAUUAUGAGAAAGACUAAACUAAAUUAUACCAUAGGGGGGUGUUGCAAUCGAUUGCAAAUAUUCUGUUGCAAUUUUACAACUGAUAAAGCAAUUUUAACUGUAGCAAAUCAGAUUAUACUCCAUGUUUCAAGAAGCAGAUAAGCAAUCAAUUUUGCAGUUAAUUGCAAAAUGUAUGAUUGAUUUAGAGACCGAAAAUAGGCUUUGCAAUUGAUCGCAAGUUUCUUGCAACACCCCAUUGUCUGACAAAUUUCUUCCCUGUAUUUUAAAGGGAAAAUUCACCCUGACAAAAAAAAAUUAUUGUAAAAAUAGGAGAGAAAAAAUAACACUGGUGAAGGUCUAAGGAAAGUCUAUCAAGGCAUAAAAAAAGUUAUAAUUCACUUGUUUACAUUUGUAACAUGGUAUACGAGCAGGUUUCCCACAUAUCGUAUGGUAAAAACAUGAAUGAAACAUUUUCUCAGAAAAUUGAAAAUCGUUCUGUUGUGUCUUCUCUAUAUCAAUCUACAAAUCAUUUCACACCAGCUCAUGAAAGAAAUAAUAAAAUGAGUAAAAUCUCAAAGCAUUGGAGAUUUGAAAUUUAUAAUUUUAUAUUAUAUAUCAUAUGGGGCAGCAGGUCGCAAAUGACUUCACAAAUUAAAAACUUUAAAUUCUAAUAACAUUCUUAAUUUUUGACGGAUUUUCCUCAACUCUUCACCCAUAUUUUUUAUUAUUUUUUUUUGCCAUUUUUACAACAAACUUUUUGUCAGGGUGAACUUUCCCUUUUUGUUCAACAAACAAGCAAGAAUUCAGCAAUCAGUUGGUUUAUGUUAUCAUUACUUGUUCGGUAAUUGUUUUCAUAUUACAAGUAUGUAUAAUAAUUUUUUUGUGCAAUGUUCAACAUCCUAUGGUUAUUUUAACAAUCUUUCUAUGUACUAACGCUAUGGAUGAAUAAUGAAACAUACUGAUGAAAGUCAGCAGUUCUUUGUAGUGCAAGCCACUGAUGUGUGGUGUAUGGGCAAUAUGGGGGAACAAAAUAUACAUGAGAAAGUUGAAAUUAUAUCAAUUUUCAUUUCAGGUUUGAAUUCUGAACUUUAUAUUGAUUGGAUAUAAUUUUUCCGAAUUCGGGAAAUAUCCUGAAAAUAACAGCUCAGUGUAGUCAACAAUUUUUUGUUGUUGAAAAGUUCACCAUGAUUGGUACCAUUACGAGGAAUGAAAAAAUGUCACUAUUUCGUAAUCUUUUACGGUGUGAUGUGUUUAAUAUCAAUGGCAGUUCUUAAAAAAAUAUGUAGCAUCAUCAUUUUGGAGUAACCUCAAUAGUUGUGUUAGAAACUGCUUAUCUAUUCUUCUCAGUCCAUGACACGUUCACAAAACUUAGCAAUGAUCGUAGAACAUUUUUCUACGAUUUAUUUCAUUGACUGCAAUGUACAAUCGAUUGUAAAAAUGAAGCGUACGAUUAAUUGCUAACCUUUGUGUUACGGGACCCUGGUCUCUUUUUCGAAGAUACUGUUUACUUCAUCUUGCCAAGGUCAGGGGUUUUAAUAAAUAGAAAGAAAUAUUUUUUUGUUAGAUGCAAUACUCGGAUUAAAAGAAUUUAUUAACAAAAUUUGUGUAGGUUGUUAAGAUGGAUUACAAUAUAAAAAAUAAUGCAUCACUGUGAUUCAUUAUGAAUGAUAUCUGUGACAUUCAUUUUACUAGAACGAGGACUUGGGAGAAGUUCUUAAGCCAAUUCAAAAGAAAUUAUGGAGAUCACAAAUUAUUAGUUGCUCUUGAUAUAUUAUGUUUUUAUUCAGUAUUACUGUUUAUAUUCUCAGUUGAGAUAACAGUUAUCGCCAGUCAUCUGAAGUUGUAUGCAUAAUAAUUUUAUGUCCGAUUUAACUAAUGAUAAUAAUAAUAAGACUUAUAUCGCACCAAAUCCACUCUGUAGAGUGCUCAAGGCGCUUUUUAGGAAAUUAU